AUGUGUUCAUCGGAAUGGCCUGAUUGGGAACGUGUAAUGUAUUAUGUUGCAUUAAUAUUUCGUCAUUUUGAAGGUUCAGCGUCACUCGAGCCAAUUUCACCAAUUUUACCAAUUCCUCAAGCAUCAUCAUCACCAUUAUCACCAACAUUUUCAAAUACAUCAUCACCAUCAUUAUGUGUUUCACUACGAUCAUCGAAUACAAUACCAACAAAAUUUUGUUCACCAUUACAAACUGUAUAA